AUGCAAAGACAAAGAGUUAGAGAAGAACAAGAAGAAACAGAAGAACAUAUUGAAGUUCAAGACGAGGAAGCUGAAGAGGAAGAUGAAGAACAAGGUGCCAUUCCGUUAUCAAAGUUAGAGGGUAACGGUAUUACAGCGGCCGAUCUCAAGAAGUUGGCAGAAGCAGGUUUACAUACAGUACAAUCGAUUGCCUAUUCCACAAAGAAGACGCUCUGUGCCAUCAAGAAUAUAUCGGAACCGAAAGCAGAGAAACUCUUGGCAGAAGCAGCCAAGCUCGUACCGAUGGGUUUCGUCAGUGCAACCGAUUUCAAUACACAGCGUAAACAGAUCGUUCAAAUUAGAACCGGUUCGAAAGAGUUGGAUAGCUUGUUGGAGGGUGGUUUCGAGACCGGUUCGAUUACAGAGAUCUUUGGAGAGUUCCGUACGGGAAAGACACAGAUUUGUCAUACAUUGUGUGUUACAUGCCAGUUGACGUUGGCACAGGGUGGAGGUGAAGGACGUGCACUCUACAUCGAUACCGAGGGAACGUUCCGUCCAGAGAGAUUGCUCGCUAUCGCCGAGCGUUACAACUUGAACGGUGAGCACGUCCUAGACAACGUCGCUUAUGCACGUGCCUACAACUCUGAUCAUCAGAUGCAGCUACUUGUUCAGGCAUCGGCAAUGAUGUCGGAAUCGCGUUACAUCUUGUUGAUCGUAGACAGUGCAACAUCAUUGUACCGUACAGACUACAGCGGUAGAGGUGAGUUGUCCGAUCGUCAGCGUCAUCUGGCGCGAUUCCUUCGUGCCCUACAGAGAUUGGCCGACGAGUUUGGUGUAGCCGUUGUCAUCACCAAUCAAGUGGUGGCACAGGUCGACGGUGGUGCAAUGUUCAAUCCCAACCCAAACAAACCGAUCGGUGGUCACAUCAUGGCUCACGCAUCAACCACACGUCUCUCACUCAGAAAAGGUAAAGGAGAGAACAGAAUUUGUAAGAUCUACGAUUCACCUUGUUUACCAGAAGAUGAAAAACAAUUUGCAAUCUACUCUGAUGGUAUUGGUGAUAUCAAAGAAUAA